UCUACGUCAGUUCGGAGAUCAACAGGUUUCUGACGGACUCUCAUUUAUUUAUACCGGUGUAUAGUUUCGUCUUCCAAAAGCUCCAAACGCCGAAAUGGACACCCAGCUUCAUCCUGCCGAGAACUUCACUUCAGAGGUGCGUCCUCUGUCCACUGACUGGCUGGUCUCCUUCAAGGAUCCCCGUCAGCUGCUGCAGGAGCAUCCUUUCGCCCUCGCCCUGGAGGUCGGAUCCGCCCUGGUCCUCGCCCUGGUGUUCCGGCAUGCCAAACGACAAAAUCCUCAAGAGGCGUAUUUGCUGUUAGCUGCCAUGUUCACGACCACCUGCUUCGAGAUUCUUCCUAUCAUUCCACGACCCGGGUACAUGCUUUGGUGGUACCACCAGGGUACCGUGAAUCUCCUCAAACAUCGGUUGCCCCUUUACGUCGUCUGCUGCUUUGCUCUUGUGCACCACCUGGCUCACUGCGUAACGUCUAGCUGCGACCUGCCCCGAUGGAGUCGCUCCACGGCCACGGCCCUCAUCGCCCUGCUGCUGACCCUGCCAGGGCUGUGGUUCUCUCAGCCCUUGCUCCUCUCCAUCUUCCACGUGGACGACCCUGUGUUUAGCAACAGGCUCCUGGGAAUUCCCUUUAUCCAGAUUGUGGUGCUGACUCUCCUGUUCUUCCACACGUCGCACCUCUUCUUCCAGAACUUGGAAGACAUCCCGCUCGGGGACAGGAACUUAGUCAAUAUGGUGAAGUGCGCCCUGCAGACUGGCUUGGUAUCUGCCAUCUAUACCAUAGUGGAACAGUACCUGCUCUAUAUUCUGUUCUCGUUAACCCUGGGAGCUCACACCGGCUUUUGCGCUCUUGCUCUUCUCGCCAUCCUGCUCUGCAUUGCUAGGAAGGAAAUGCAAUGCUUGCAACUCAAGAGCGUCGUCUUCAGAGGAUUCAGCACACCCUUCCGACGCCCUGCCUGGUGGGCCCUGGUCGCUACCUUCGCCUUCUUCGUCUCCCUGCCACUGUGGCUGGACACACAGGCACUGAAGUCUACAGGAGAACGCUUAGAGAUCGGACCCUGCAACGUCCGUCACUCUGUCGCCAACACUUCCCCUCUGGAAUUUGAACGCCGCCGAUACAUCUGCCCAGAAGACACUGCUCAUCUAGCAUUCGACUUCCACUGUGUGGGAACGGCGGAACUGUCUCGGGCAGUGCACAAGAAAACUAGCCACUACAGUAUCUGUGGGAAGCCACUGACCGAUACCGCCCGGGCGGCAAGGGCGACGGCAGCCUACGCCCUACCCUGUCUGACUGUAUUCUAUUUUCUCAUGAGCUGUUCUUUCCAGUUUGCAUUGCAAGAGAAGAAGGUGGAGAAUUGCAAGAAAUGGCAAUAAGACCUGCGAAGAAAAAACGAUCCUUCUCUGUAGGGAAAUAUUUCUGCUUUGGACGUUUAUAAGCUUUUUAAAUGCGGAGAAGACUUCAUCCAAAUAAAUCACCAAAAAGAGCCGUUUUGUUGCACUAAUCCGUUUUCUAGCAGCGAACCGAAAUUUUUACAACCGAUAAUUUUCGCUUUAAAAAGUAAGAAAUUGUUUUUCAAGAGCCAUCUUAGGUGUUUUUCCUUUUUAUCAAAAUAUCACGCAAUAAUUUUUUACGCCUGUACUUUCUCAGUCUUCCGACGCAAAAGUUACGAAAUUGCUGCGUUGCAAUAUGUGCUCUUGUGCAGAGAGAACUGAUAACUGCUGAUGCACCGAACAACCUUCUUUUCGUAUUCUAAACUGGAAGUUGAAAAUAAUGGUACAUCGGUUACUUUCUUAAUUUUUUUUUAUGAUCUCUUAAAAAAGGAAAUAAUUUGCGUCUGAAAAUAGGUAGUGCCUUUUUUUUUCUGAAAUGGAAAGCCUUCGAAGCGUUUACCCUUUCAUCUACAAACGGAAAUCACGCCAAGUAUAACAUUUCAUCUUUGACAAAUGCAGUUCAAUUCCACAUGAGUCAGUAACUGCUCAGAUGGACAUUCAACGAGUUCCUAUUAAAGUUGACGAUAAAUGUUCUGUUUUCGAACGGCACCCAGGUAACACACUUCGUUUCAUAAACGUUUCAAAAUGGUUGUUGACAUUUUGACAACGAUUUCAAAACGUUACGUGCGCUACUUGGGACACAGCAUGUAUAAAACUAAGACUUUCUGUAGUUAAUAUGAAGGAAAAGUGUUCGCUGCCAUCGGAAAACGUUUUCUGAUGCGUUCGAAAUAAACGCAGGUGGAUGAAAGAGCAGCUUACUUUGUAUCUCUUCUUUUUUGUUUAAUAAAUGUUUAUUUACAUGUGGUUUAUAAA